AUGGCGACCGUCGCGGACGCCUUCGCGACGCGCGAGGCGGGCUUCGAUCGAAACGCGCGCGACGCGUUCGAGGACGAUCGCGCGCGGUCGCCGUCCUCGAAACGCGGGAACGCGAGCGACGAGGCGAGCGCGUUCGCGACCCCGCGCGCGGGUCUUGCGCGCCUGGAGAUCCCCGACCCAUGCGACGUGUUCCCCGCGGUCGCCGCGCAAGCGGACGCGUACGGCGACACCGCUCGAGGCGCGGUCGAGGAAGCGCUCCGGUUGCAGAACCUCGAGCGAUUCAUCCGCCGCCUGGACCUGCGCGACGCCGCGGUCGCGAGGAACGAGCGAUCGCACACCGUGACCGGCGCGCGCAGGCACUCCGUGUGCGGCACCGGCGUGACGCGCUCGCGCGUCAUCGGCGACGCGACGCGACGCAAGAGGGAAAUCAUCACGAACUGGGGGAAGCCGUACGACGGCGGCCCGGACGAGGACGUCGUCCGCGGCGUCGGCACGCCGAAAGGAUGCCGCGUCACCGCGACCACCUCCGUGUUCGACGCCCAUCGUAAAACCCCGUUCGAUCGACUCGCGGGCGGCGGGACCGCGCGCGGCGACGGCGGUUACGCGUUCAAAGACCGCUCGUCGAUCAUCGAGCUCGGGGUGAGCCCGCGCGGGUGCCCGGACAGCGCGAGGGCGAUGCUGGACGUCAUCGCGCCGCCGUCGCCGCGGUUGGAGCGGACCGAGGGCUGGGAUCUGCGCGGGAAGAGCCCCCCCGAGGCGGCGGACGCGGCGGCGGGGAAGGGGAAGGGGAGGACCGCGAGCGAGCGCACCAGGUGGGUGUCCACGGGAAUGGAAACGAUGGAAGCGUCCGCGCGGUCCGCGAUCGACGCGUACGUCGCGUCGUCGCCGCGGUCGCCGAGGACGAGCGUCGGCGCCGCGCGAUUUCCGCCGCUUCCCUCGCCGCGCGCGUCGGCGUCGCCAACCUCGCGGCUCUCCCCGCGUCGGUUAUCCGUGGACGUCGAGGGAGGGGGACCGCGCGCGCCGACGGAGGACGCCGGGUGGGCGGCGGGGAAGGAGGAGGAGGAGGAGGAGGAGGAGGAGGAGGAGGACGGGGAGACGGGGACGGGGACGGGGACGAGCGGGGAUCCCGGGACGCCCGGGAGCGCGGGGACGGUGUCGGACGCGCUGCGCGCGGCGGGGCGGACGGUGCGUCUGCUGUCGCUCGCCGAACGCAAGGCGCUGUUCGAGGCCGCGGUGGAGGAGUCCGUCGCCGCGCUGAGCGAUCAGCUGUUCGGUGGGGACGGCGGGGAGCUCCCGCGCGUGAACAUCGAAGUCGUGUUGUAA